UUCAACUUCCUCACAACUUAACUGCUUAUCACCAAUCUUCAUACAUCACAAUUUUUCUUUGUGCAAACUCAGUUUGUUCUUUGUGCAAUGGAGAGGGUUACGAAAAUGGUUUCCGGAAGGCCGGUAGUGAUCUUUAGCAAGACUAAUUGCUGCAUCAGCCACACUGUGAAGUCACUCUUGCAUGAUUUUGGAGUGAAUCCUGUUGUUUAUGAGCUUGAUGAAAUCUCUAGGGGCCGUGAAAUCGAGACAGCUCUGGCAAUGCUAGGCCGCAAUCCGGUGGUGCCAGCCGUGUUUAUUGGUGGUGAACUUGUGGGAGGAGCCAAUGAAGUGAUGAGCCUUCACCUCCAACGAAACUUAAGGCCCAUGCUUACCCGAGCCGGAGCUAUGUGGCUUUAGGUUAACAACAGUACUAUUUUGUUACGACGAUCAAGAGACUAUAAUACCGGGAGGGAGACUAUUAAUAAUAAUAAGUAUCUGAUAUGAAUCGUUUCUCUAGAGUGAGUGUUCUAAAGAAGCUUCGCUAUAAAAUAUAUAUGUACCAAUUAAUCAGCCUUUUUGUAUAAGCUGAUGAUCCUCUAUACACAUCUUUAAGAUGAAAUGUAUGGUUCAAGUUAUAAUUUGCAGAGUUGUCAUUAAAGAAAGUGCGUA